CUGAGCGUGGUUUCAGGAAGAACAGCUGGAUUAACUGCUUCCUGCCUUGUGCGCCUGAUAACUCUGAUGUUUUUUUCACUCAUUUUUUCAACAUCUGGAUUUUUAAUCUGCCAAAAUGAUAAGCCGAAAUACCAAAAAUGUGCUUGUGGUGUCUUUUGGAUUUUUGUUCUUGUUUACGGCCUACGGAGGACUGCAGAGUCUACAGAGCAGUCUAAACGCAGAGGAAGGAAUGGGCGUUAUCUCGCUGAGCGUCAUCUACGGAACCAUCAUUCUGUCCUCCAUGUUUCUGCCUCCCAUCAUGAUCAAAAACCUGGGCUGUAAAUGGACCAUCUUCAUCUGCAUGGCCUGCUACAUCAGCUAUUCUUUUGGAAAUCUCUUCCCUGGAUGGCCGAGUCUGAUCGCUACAUCUGCUAUUCUGGGUUUGGGAGGCUCCCCGCUUUGGUCUGCUAAAUGCACGUACCUCACCAUCAGUGGGAAUGUACAGGCAGACAAAGAAAACAAGAAAGGCCAGGAUGUCAUAAACCAAUACUUUGGCAUGUUCUUUCUCAUCUUGCAGUCUUCCGCCGUAUGGGGAAACCUCAUGUCAUCACUUAUAUUUCAACAAGACAGUAACAUAGCUGAAAUCCCUGAGGAGAGACUGCAGUUCUGUGGUGCUGCCCUGUGCAACGAGAACUUCACCACCACGGGGAACUUCACACGGCCAGAGCAGAAGCUCGUCAACAUACUGAUGGGCUGCUAUAUCGGUGUGGGGGUUCUGGCGAUGGUCCUUGUGGCAGUUUUCCUGGACAACAUUGAUGGAAAAGAAGCAAAGGAGUUUCGGAAGAACAAAAGCAACCAAAAGUUCUGCAGUACCUUCCUGGCUACGUUCAGGCUUUUAGGAGAUAAGAGGCUGUUAAUGCUCAUUCCCUUGACUAUGUACAGUGGAUUUGAGCAAAGCUUCCUCGCUGGUGAAUACACCAAGAAUUAUGUGACCUGUGCAUUGGGAAUCCAUUAUGUUGGAUUUGUCAUGAUCUGCUUCGGUGCUGUGAAUUCGCUGAGCUCUUACACAUUCGGGAAGCUUGCGCAAUACACUGGGAGGAUCGCCCUCUUCUGCUUUGCCGCUGUGAUAAACCUGAGCUCUGCGAUAGCUCUGCUGUACUGGAGGCCUCAUCCGGACCAGCUGCCUGUCUUCUUCGUGUUUCCUGCUCUCUGGGGUAUGGCAGAUGCUGUGUGGCAAACACAAACCAAUGCACUAUACGGCAUUCUGUUCCCUCGGCACAAGGAGGCAGCAUUCGCUAAUUAUCGCAUGUGGGAGUCUUUGGGCUUCGUGAUAGCCUUCGCGUACAGCACGUUCAUCUGUCUGUCCACCAAACUCUACAUCCUCAUCGCAGUUCUUUUGCUGGCCAUGGUGACGUACCUCUGGGUGGAGUACAAUGAGUACAAGCAUCCUACUCCAGCAGUGAAACGUGACACUGACAAGCUGGAUGAGACGUACCUUGAAGACACUGAGAAAAAACAGAAGAUUAUUAGUCAGACAAGAUUAUAGGCAAGGAUACAGAGAGUGUAAUCUGUUUUGUUUUGUUUUUGGUGUUUUUUGGAGGGUGGGGGUGGGGGGUAAUUGGUCUAAGUCAUGAAUGGAUGCUUUUUUAGUCAUAGCUAACACCUUUGCAUUUAAACUAACAAACACACAAACAAAUAGCCAUUAUUAUUAUUAUUAUUAUUAUUAUUAUUAUUAUUAUUAUCAUCAUCCAUCCAUUUUCUUCCACUUAUCCGGGUCUGGGUCAAGGGGGCAGCAGUAUAAGCAGAGACGCCCAGACCUCCCUUUCCCUGGCACCUCCCCUAGGUCUUCCAUGGGAAUAUCCAGGCGCGCCCAGGCCAGACGAGAGAUAUGCUCUCUCCAUCUAGUCAUGGGUCUGACUAGCUUACCGAAACACCUCCCCGGGGGUUAUUAUUAUUAUUAUUAUUAUUAUUAUUAUUGUUAUUAUUAUUAUUAUUAUAUAAGAAAAGAAUAAAAGAAGAUUUGGUUUAUUGUUUUUUUAAAGCACAUUUCCAAAGCCAAAUGAUUGGAGAUGAUUUUCACAUGAAUUUUCACAUAUUUCAAGUUAUGCGCUUUCAUAUUAAAGUAUCUAAACACAAGGAAAAAAAAUCAUGAAGUAUAAUGAAAUCAUGAAAAUACAUCAUAAAAAUACAUGAUAAAAAACAUCAUCAAACAUUUCAUAUCUGAAAUCUGCAUUAUUUUAUUUAGGGUCAGAAAACAUAUAGGACUAAUUAUGUCACAUAAGGCAUUGUUUAUUACCUAAAUUAGUGGUCACUGGCUAAUUGGUGGUCAAAAGUGUCCAGUAUUUGUUUGGUACAUAAGCAUAAGCAUUGUUUAAAACAAAACUGCAGACGUCAAAUUUGGAUUACAUUUUUACAGUAUUAUGUAACAUUAAGCAUUUUUUCUCUUUAAUGUAUUAGAAGGGGUGCUGUACGGGUAUAGAUAUUUAUAAAGCACCAAUACAUUUAUAGUUUGUGCUCAUAAUUACACAAAUUAAACACCCAGAGAUUGUUUAGAAUAGUUUAGAAUUAGGAUAAUUAAUCUGUUAUGAUCAGUUCAUGGAGUUUAAUGACAUGUUGAAAUGUUUCUGGUGGAAUUUUUAAUUUUUUUUAAAUCAUAUAAUAGUACGUAUCACUGGUACAGCACCCUGAAAUGUCAUGUUCCUUGUAAUGUAGCUGAAUCGUAAAGUAUUUUGAGGAUGAUUGCACUGUGGGGGAUGAUUGCACUAAGGUUUGGGUAUGAUGAUACAUCAACAGGAGUAGUCAUUUCAACUGGAGCAAAACCUUGUAGCUCAGAAAUAAAAUCUUUUUUUUU